AUGUCUGAAAACGAAGGAACUAUUGUAUUAGAUAGUGGAUCAUCCGCAAAUACCAUGACUAUUGAUGGGACUCAUAUAAAAUUGGAGGCUACAACCUCGUGCACUGAAAAUAUAACAGAUAUACAAAAUUACUUGGAUUCAUUUAAUAAAGAGAUUGAAGGAAAUGAAGUAACCCAAGUACAAACUGAUGGAGAGUCAGUAGAACAUGCAUAUUUCAUAGAUCAAAAUGUCCAAUAUAUUAAUCAAACAAACUACAGGAGAUGGCCAGAUGGUUAUGGUUUGGAGGGACUUUCAGAACACGAUGCACAAAUGAUGGCUAACACAAAUGAUAACAAUAUGGACAACGUAACUCAAAUUGUUCUGCCUAAUGUACAAGAUAAAAUUAAAAAAGAUAUCCCCCAAAUUGUUGCUUUAGGAGAUGGUAGUGGGUAUCAAACAGUCACUCUUGUUCAAAGCUGA